UAAAACUUGCCUCAAAAAGCAGCAUCCUUGCCAAUAAGAAGAAAAUGAAUAAUGUAUUAUCAAUGUGGAAGCAAAGAAGUCAUGAAGGUCAAGCUCCCCGCGUGGCGCUUGAAGACAACCAGACAGUGGGUGAAGACAGAUCUAACUCAGUAGGACCUGCAGCGAAAACCAAGUUAAAAGCUGAGCCCUUGACUGCUAGAGAGAAUGCUACAGCUAGUCCAGGACUUGCAGGAAACUCAACUUUUCAGUCUGUGAGUUUUGAGUCUCCGGAUAAGCCUAGGUCUGUGACUAACAGCUCUGGGGGCACUUUGAAGGGCGUAAUAAGAGGUUCUGGUUUAGGAGUUGUGAAAUCGGAUACCCUGUAUACAGGAUCAUCUGGAAGUUCAUCCACCUCACAUACCAUGCCACCAAGCACAGCUCCCUCAUUAACAAAUGCAGAUGCCUCUGCAGCGCCCUUUAGGACAGAUGCAUCUGCUUUGGGUUCUUAUAUGCCCCCAGUACCAGCUGGAGGUGGUAAAAGAAGGUUCUCAGAGAUGCCAUCGCAGCCUCCAUCUACUAAGGAGCAGUCUCAAACUACAACUGCAUACCGAGAUCGUGCUGCUGAGCGGAGGAGCUUGUAUGGUUCAUCUUCAGCCUUUGGAGAUGAUGCAUCAGAUCUUGGAGAUUCAAAUCGAGACUCAACAUCUAGAAGAGGUGUUUUUGAUCCAACACCUUUCCCACCUGGUGUUGGAGGUGGACGUAGUGCAGAAGCAAAUAGUCAGAGCUUUGAGGUGAUCUCUGCUGACCGGGCUAUCGACGAGAGUAAUGUGGGCAACCGUAUGCUCCGCAACAUGGGAUGGCAGGAGGGCUUGGGAUUGGGGAAGGAUGGAAGUGGUAUGGUAGAGCCAGUCCAAGCUCAAGCAUCUGAACGUAGAGCAGGACUUGGAAUUCAUCAGCCCAAGAAGGUUGACCCAAACCUUGAAGUACAGGCUGGUGACAGUUACAAGACUCUCAUACAAAAGAAGGCCAUUGCUCGGUUCAGAGAGAUGUCGUAAGAACUUAGAGGCAAAAAAUGGAGAAGUAUAUAACAACCAUUCCAGGAUGUGGACUGGAGAUGUUGAUUAGAAAUGUUUCCGAUUUAGGGUUGCAACUCUAGUUAGUUAGUGUAUUGAUUUGUUUGUUAGUUUUUCCUUUUGCUGUUGGAAUUAUUUCAAAAUGUGAAGGAUAAGGUUCUGGUUUUCUGCAAUGCCCCCUUUAUCUGAGGAAUGUUGGAAUCAGAAUAUCGCACUUGUGUGCCUAUUUUUUGCAAAGCUAAGACAUUUCUCUUUA